AUGUCCACAGUUCAGGAAGCUCGUGCGAAGCUCGGCGAACAUUUCGGAGUUGGUGGAUCAGGCAAGCCCGACAGAUGGGAGGCGCUUUGGGCCGAUGGCAGCUUUAUUCCUUGGGACAGGGGACUGCCCAACCCAGCGCUCGAGGACCUGCUCAAAGACCGACAAGACCUGAUCGGUAUACCGAAAGAAGCUAGUGAUACCGCUGGCAAACGAAAGAAGGCUUUCGUUCCCGGUUGUGGUAAAGGUUAUGACGUCCUUUUACUGUCAAGUUUUGGGUACGAUGCAGUCGGCUUGGAGGUUAGUGAGACUGCUUUGAAGCGCUGUCUUGAGGAACGAGAUAAACAUGGCGACAAGUAUGCUGUAAGGGAUGCUUCGCUCGGAGCCGGCAAAUCGAACUUCGUUGCUGGUGAUUUCUUUAGCAAUGAGUGGACGGGUUCAGCAGGAGCUGAACAAUUUGAUCUGAUAUACGACUAUACCUUUCUUUGUGCGCUGCCUCCCUCAAUGAGGCACCAAUGGGCUUUGAGGAUGUCUCACUUACUAGCACCCGACGGACAUUUGAUCUGCUUGGAAUUCCCUCUUUCCAAGAAUCCAAAUUUAGGUGGUCCUCCAUUUGGCCUUCAAUCAAAAGUCUACGUACAGCAUCUCGCGCAACCAGGCUUGGACAUACCGUACAAUGCUGAAGGAUACAUACCGGAAGGUGUCACUUAUCCCGAUAACCCAGCUGCUUUGAAGCGAGCAGCUCAUUGGCAGCCAGCGCGAACACACGAGAUUGGGAAAGACCAAGAUUGGAUCAGUGUUUGGCACCGGUAG